AUGCGUUCCUCCAUCGCUUUCGCCGGCCUCGUUGCCGUUGCUGCUGCAGGUACCACAACCAUCACCGCAACCGAGGAGGUUACCAUCACCUCCUGCGCACCAACCCACACCAACUGCCCAUACAAGUCGCAGACCAACGAAUGGGAGAACUGGGCCGACCCAACUACCAGCGGUUCAGUCUCCACCAGCACCGGUACCUGGGCACCAUGGGAUCCAAGCCAGUCAACCAAGACGACUAGCUCUUCCUCCACCAAGACCACAAGCAGGUCGGUCACUGGUUCCACCUCAUCUGGCACAUGGGCUCCAUGGGACCCAAGCCAGUCAACCACUACUACCUCCAGCGGAUCCAAGACCACCACCACUACCAGUAGCAGCACUGAUGCAUGGGGCAACUGGAACAACGGAAAUGGUAACGGUAACGGCAAUGGCAAUGGCAAUGGCAACAAGGUUGUCACCACAACCAGUGUCUCUUGCUCGACACCUGCUGUCAUCACUUCGUCGAGCUGCUCUACAUACCACAUAGAGACCUCAGGAUACCCAAUCACCUCCACCUGCACAACCGCAAAGGUCACCCCAUCAGCUGUCUGCUCUACCACCACCAUCACCAGCACUAUUACGGUGCCAAACACUGCCACUGCCACUUCGUCAUGGGGUAACUGGGACGGCAACAACGGUAACGGCAACGGUAAUGGCAACGGUAAUGGCAAUGGCAACAAGACCCCAGAUGCUUCGUCCAAGGUCCCUGCACCAACUGGUGCUUGCCCUGCAUACACUGCCACGGCUCCUCCAGCCUGGUUCUCUCAGCUACCUACCUCUGUCCUCAGCUCUUUGGCAGCUCAAUGGACUGGUGCUCCUCCAGCUGAUUGGUGCUACUACUCAUACAGCCUGUCGACAGUUGCCACAUCCAAGACUCCGGCUCCCGCCUCCGGUAGCCCAGCUGCCUCGACCGCCACUCCAGCUGCUGCCUCUUCCUCCUCCUCAUGGGGUGCGUGGGAUAGCUCUGCCUCCGCCUCCGGCACUGGUGCUGGUGUUAAGACACCUUCUGCUACUGGCUCGUCUCCAGUUGCCAAGUUCACUGGUGCUGCCACCGCCAACGCUGCCUCCAUCGUCCUCGGUGGUGCUGCUGCCAUCGCUGCCGUGAUCCUUGCAUAA